AUGUUCGGCGGCCAUCACCAUCAUCAUCAUCAUGGACAUCACGGAGGCAUGGGUAUGCCGGGUAUGGGCAUGCCAGGCAUGGGUAUGCAGGGUAUGGGCAUGCCAGGCAUGGGUAUGCAGGGUAUGGGCAUGCCAGGCAUGGGUAUGCAGGGUAUGGGCAUGCCAGGCAUGGGUAUGCAGGGUAUGGGCAUGCCAGGCAUGGGUAUGCCAGGCAUGGGCAUGCAAGGUUUUGGAGGUGGUUAUGGAUAUUCAUAUUAA